AUGAUUGAUGGAAAGCACUUAGGCAAUAAGGGCAAAAUCUCUGUUAAAUCAGCCUAUGAGGAUAUUAUGCAACAUAUUAAUGGUAGAAAAGCAAACUUGAGGAGUAAAGGAUUGGAGCUGGAUAAUGUUUGUUCUCUGUGUGGUGAAGGGGAAGAGGAUGUGAAUCAUUUGUUUAUAUACUGCCCUAGAGUGAGGAUUUGUUGGAAACUGGUUGGUAUCCAAUGGGAGUCUUUUAAUCAGGAAAACACAGAUAUUCAAGCUUGGUGGGAAGAGAACAGAAAUGAAGAAUGCUUCAAAGGAGAAUCAUUUGAUGAACUUACUGUUGUUCAUGGGGCCAAAAGAGACUGGUUGGAAAUGCUCUACAUUCUCCUUCUGAAAAAAGUGAAGUUUAGAGGGGUGGCCACUUUGCAUGGGGACAGUCUUAAGGAAUGGCAAAAAACUUGGGACUGGAAUGGAACUGAAAAUGAAGCUUGUUUCUUAGCUGUUAGAUGGAUGCUGGACCUGGCUAGCAAGGAAGGAUGGAAGAAGAUGGUCUACUUUAUAGAGUCAAAGGCUGCAGUUCAGAAACUAAGUGGAGAGGGGCAUGUCCCUAAUUCAUGUUCGGUUAUAUUUGAUGAUAUCGUUUCUUUACAACAACAUUUUGAAGAUUGUGUGUUCAAAUGCUCCAAGGCCUGUGUUUCUGCUGAAGUUUGCUGUGUGCUUUCAUCAGUGGUCGGUUCAACUUCUGUGAAGGUGGUUUUGGAUGUUGGUGCGGUGCUUGCCUCGAUUUUGAAGUUUUUCCAGAGGAAAGGCCCUUGCAAUAGGCAUUAUUUGACAGCGAAUGUUUUCGAACUUGAGCGUGCAAUGAAACUGCUAGGUUCAAGUUUGGUAGAUCCUUUCGUAGCUUGCCAAUAG